AUGGCUGAAUGCAGUGACCAGAACAUUAAGAACCCACAACCAGAAGAAGAAGAAGAAGAAGAAUACGCAGCGGUGGUUGGCAAACACUUGUCCAUGCUCUGCCUUGACAACAGCAGCAGCAGCUUCAAAUCUCCCAAUUCCAGUCCCCAGCCCAGGAGAACAUUGAAAAGGCGAUCCCCGUCCCAAUCCCCACCAAUAUCCCAACCCAACCCCAAGAAAGAGAAGCUUGAUCUCCCUCCUAAUCCUCUUCUUCGCCGCUGCAGUUCCGAACGCUUCAACCCAACCUCUCCUCCUCCUCCUCCUCCUCCAUUUUAUUCUUUUAAUUCUCAUCACAAUCAGCUGCAGUGCCCCAACGCAGCCUCUCCUGCCUCUGCCUCAACCGAUAAAGCCUCUGGCGCGGCCGCUUUCUCUGCCUAUGCCUCCACACUCCGCCGCUCCGUUUCCAAUCCCAAGCCUUCUUCGUGUUCGCCUGCUCUCAAAACCAUCUCCCGUCAAUCCUCGUCCUCCUCCUCUGGUGACGAAGACGAUGACGACGACGACGCCACUCCCAAUUCUAAGGUUUUCUUCCUUCACCUCCAUCUUUCAUUCUCUUGA